AAGUUCUAUGCUUUAUUAUGCAAACGUUUCCUCUAAUUUGGUGAAUUCAUUCAUUCAUAGCAAAUUCCACCCAAAAUUCCAAAACCCCUUUUUAGAAAAAACCCAUUUCUCAAUCUCAAAUCUUCAUCUCUCUCUCUUCCCCCAACACCAACGUUGUUACAAAAAAAAAACUGUCAGGUGAUCGAGAGAGUCCGAAUCGUCUUAUCCAUAUAAAAGUUCAUCUGAACAAAAGAGGGAGGAUACUGGUUUGUGGAGGCGUUUAGACUUCUGCAAGCUUAGAAUCCUCUCUCUAUUUUUUUGAGAACACAGUCGUUGGCUAGUGCUGUUGGGGAGGGCUCAUUUUUCUCAUAGUGUGCAUGUAGCACCGUCAAUAUUUUGGUGAUCAACCGCACUGAGAACUGCGAGAAUUUUACGCCAAAAGGGGGAAGAGAUAUUGAAGCUGAAACAAUGGGUUCUCUUUGUUCUUGCUUGAGUGUUGACGAUUUGGAAGAUUAUAUGAAUCCACAUAGUCAUUUAUUUAGGAAUUGUGUGUGUGUCAGUUGCUUCGUGCAAAACCUUUUGAGUGUCUAUGCAACAAUAUUCCGUAGAGGAGAAGUGCAUUCGCUUCCUUCAUCUGUACAGGGGGCAGCAUCUAUGACUUCUACAGCAUCACUUGAUAAUUCUCUAUCUGACAUGUACCGUUCUCCUCCAAGGCCAUUGCCUUAUGAUGCAGACCCUAGGUAUUUCCGCCCACAGCAUGACAGGCUAGUUUCAAGACAUGAGAAGGGUUCUAGUCAUUUGAACGAGGAGUCGGAACCUCUAAGGAGUGAUGUGGAUAUAGAUCAAGAAUCUUUGAAUUCGAGUGGUAAAUGGAAUGAAAGCACUGGCAAAGAUGAAUCAAAGGAAUACCGUUCCAAGUCAUCGGUAAGACUUUCAUCGGCAAAACUUACAACUGGAGCUGCACUUGUGUAUGGUUGUUAAUGCCAGCAAACAACAGACUAUUAUGAUAAAAGGACUUUUUGUUAGAUUCUUAUAUUUCUACUAAUAUUUUUCCUUGCAGAAUACACCGAAGAGAAUCCAAAGAUAGUGACAAAAUGUUCUCAUCAUUUUCAUCUUGGAUGCAUAUACGAGUGGAUGGAGAGAAGUGACAGCUGUCCUGUUUGUGGGAAGGUAAUGGUAUUCGAUGAAACGACUUAAUCUUUUGUGAUGAAAUGUUACUGUCGUCGAUGAUGCCAACAACAGAAGGAAAGUGAAAAUACACAAAUAUAGACAUUGUGAAUACUUCAGACAAAGCACUAAUAUCAUGUACAGUAAGUAUAUACAAGUUCUAUUAACAAUCAUGAGUGUAGUUUGAUCUCAUCAUGUUGAUUCCACAUUUAUACUUACAAGGAAGAAUGCAAUUUCAGAUUGUAACUUUUGUAAUUGUUUCAAAUUUCAGAGUUUGUCUUGUUAUGAAAGGAUUUCUUUCUUUUUUUCCCCUUCAA